AUGGGAACAUUUACAAGCUUCAGAAAAGCCUAUGGAGCUCUCAAAGACUCCACCAAAGUUGGCCUAGCCAAAGUUAAUAGCGAUUACAAGGACUUGGAUAUUGCAAUUGUGAAAGCUUGCAAUCAUGUUGAAUAUCCUCCAAAGGAACGUCAUGUUAGAAAAAUAUUCUAUGCAACAUCCGCGCACCAACCACGCGCGGAUGUGGCACACUGCAUUCAUAAACUUUCCAAGAGACUUUCAAAGACGCGAAGUUGGAUAGUUGCUAUAAAGACAUUGAUAGUGAUUCAUAGGACUUUGAGAGAGGGUGAUCCUACAUUCAGAGAAGAGCUUUUGAACUACUCGCGCAGGGGACAUAUUCUCCAAAUAUCGAAUUUUAAAGAUGAUUCAAGCCCUUUAGCAUGGGAUUGUUCUGCUUGGGUUCGAACCUACGCACUAUAUUUAGAAGAAAGACUCGAAUGUUUUAGGAUCCUUAAAUAUGAUAUCGAAUCAGAGCGCUUGAUAAAAUCUUCACCGGCUUCAACUAAAGCACAUAGCAGAACCCGAUCGUUGGCUAAUGACGAUCUGUUGGAACAACUACCAGCACUGCAACAACUUUUAUUUCGCCUUCUCGGUUGUCAGCCUGAGGGAUGUGCUUAUAACAAUUAUCUAGUACAGUAUGCAUUGGCCUUGGUAUUGAAAGAGAGCUUCAAAAUAUAUUGUGCACUCAAUGAUGGAAUCAUCAAUCUUGUGGACAUGUUCUUUGAAACUACAAGACAUGAUGCAGUGAAGGCUUUAAAUGUAUAUAAAAGAGCUGGCCAACAGGCUGAAAGUCUCGCCGAUUUUUAUGAAUAUUGCAAAGGCUUGGACCUUGCUAGGAAUUUCCAGUUUCCGACGCUAAGACAGCCGCCGCCAUCUUUCCUUGCUACAAUGGAAGAAUAUAUUAGAGAAGCUCCCCAAUUAAGCUCUGAGAACAAUAGAUUGGAGUAUAAGGAAAAUGAUGAAUCACUAGAGGAAUCAGAGCCAAAAGAAGCCGAAGAGCCUCAAGAAGAAGAGAAGCAAGAAGAGAAAGUCAGUGAGGAGGAGGAAGAAGUAGUACUCGAGGAAGAAGCACAACCUGAGGAAGAGAAGGUUGAGUUUCCUCCACUGAUAUCAACCGAUGGUAUCGAUGAUUUACUGGGUCUGAAUGAAAUAAACCCUAAAGCUCUAGAAAUGGAGGAUAGAAAUGCAUUGGCUCUUGCAAUUGUACCACCCGGUGGAAAUCAUAAUUCAAACAAUCUUGCUUUGAGUAACAUCAGUGGAACUUCUGGUUGGGAACUUGCCCUGGUUACAGCACCAACUAACCAUAACAGUCAACCGCCAGAUCGCAGAAUGGCCGGUGGUUUUGACACGCUAUUACUAGACAGUUUAUACGAAGACGAACAUGCAAGAAGACAACUUCAACUUCAAAAUGCAGGUUAUGGACAUGAAGAAAUGACUGUACAAAAUCCAUUUGAUCAUUAUAAUCAACACGAUCCGUUUGCAAUGUCGAAGAACAUAGCACCUCCAACCAAUGUUCAAAUGGCAAUGAUGGCUCAACAACAACAGCAGCAACAGAUGAUGUUCCAACAACAGCAUAUGAUGUAUCCACAACAACAACAUCACAACAUGGAAAUGGUGCUUCACCAGCAACAACCUCAUGGUCAAUACCCUCAUCACCCUCAACAGUUGCAAAUUAUGGGGAAUCAUAAUCCAUUUGGAGAUCCUGUACCUGUCCCUAAUUAUCCUCAUAACACAAUGAAUCAACAGGGAAAUUACAAUUUAAUGUAG